GUCGACGCAAGUUGCCGGGGGCCGCCUGGUUGUGGUUGCGAUCAGACAGACUAAUUCCAUCCACAAUCAGAGAGAGAUAGACAGAGAGAGAGGCGGGCGUAGUUUAGAGCCUCAAGCUAUUGCCAUAUAAAUUACCCGAGUAGAGGUUUUCUCUGUCUUUCCCCACCACCCUAUCUGCAACGUAUUGUCCCAAUUGCCAAGAGGGGAAGGGGCUAGGGUUACCCUCUUCAGAACUCUCUGUUCUAUCCUCGAAAGGGGGUCCUGUGGAUUGGAAUUCUUCUCUGCAUUGCUGUUUCCCAAAUGGCUUGCAGUCUUGCAGAUUCAACUUUCCUUUCCGCGGGCCCCCAGCAAAGGCUAAUUCAAGGAGGCCACAAGUUUUCGCCGCUUAAAACUCCAGGCAUCUAUUAUUUGAAGUGGCAAAAUCUAUCAGCAACAAGAAUCAAACAUCAGAGACAUUCAAUUCUGACAAGGAGAACUACAGUUGUUAAAGCUGUGGCAGUUCCAGUUACUUCCUCUCCAGUAGACAGCUCUUCAUCUCCAGCAGAGAGUGCAGAAUACAGAAAACAAUUAUCUGAGGACUAUGGUUUUAAGCAAAUUGGGGAACCACUUCCAGCAAAUGUUACCUUGAAGGAUAUUGUUGGUACCCUUCCAAAGGAGGUGUUUGAGAUUGAUGAUGUAAAAGCAUGGCAAUCAGUUCUCAUAUCUGUCACUUCAUAUGUCUUGGGGCUCGUCAUGAUCUCAAGAGCUCCAUGGUUUCUGCUUCCUUUGGCAUGGGCAUGGACAGGGACUGCAAUUACAGGGUUCUUUGUUAUAGGCCAUGAUUGUGCACACAAAUCAUUUUCAAGGAACAAAUUAGUGGAAGACAUUGUAGGGACGCUGGCCUUUUUGCCAUUGAUAUACCCAUAUGAGCCAUGGCGUUUUAAGCACGAUCAGCAUCACGCAAAGACAAACAUGUUGAAUGAAGAUACAGCUUGGCACCCUGUUUGGAAAGAGGAGUUUGAUUCAUCCCCAAUUUUACGAAAGGCAAUUAUAUAUGGCUAUGGCCCAUUUCGCCCUUGGAUGUCUAUAGCUCACUGGUUGUUGUGGCACUUCAACACAAAGAAGUUCAGGCCAAAUGAAGUGAAGAGGGUGAAGAUAAGCCUGGCUUGUGUUUUUGCUUUCAUUGCUAUUGGAUGGCCAUUGAUUGUAUUUAAGACUGGGAUCAUGGGAUGGAUCAAGUUCUGGUUAAUGCCAUGGUUGGGUUAUCACUUUUGGAUGAGCACUUUCACCAUGGUCCAUCACACAGCACCUCAUAUACCUUUCAGAAAUUCAGAUGAUUGGAAUGCGGCUCAGGCUCAGCUCAAUGGGACAGUUCACUGUGAUUAUCCUCAUUGGAUAGAGAUCCUUUGUCAUAAUAUCAAUGUUCACAUCCCUCAUCAUAUCUCUCCUAGAAUACCGAGCUAUAAUUUGCGGGCAGCUCAUCAGUCUCUCCAUGAGAACUGGGGAAAGUAUCUGAAUGAGGCUACGUGGAAUUGGCGUCUGAUGAAGACCAUAAUGACAAUAUGUCAUGUUUACAGUAAGGAGAAAAACUAUAUGGGCUUUGAUGAACUUGCUCCCGAGGAGUCCCACCCUAUAAGGUUUCUCAAAAAAGUAAUGCCUGAUUAUGCUUAAUUGAUUGCCGUCCCUACUGGGUCUACUGGUUCUAUUUUUCUGCUACUCAUCUCUUUUCUGGGUCAGACUGCCACCGUUCUUGACCAAUUCUACCAUGUUCUCACUACCUAGUUAGAAGAUGAGCAUUAGAGGAAGGAAGCUUCCUGGAAGUCAGUAUUUACCUUCUAAUGAGUCUGGUGAUCUAGGGAAAACACAACUUCUGAUUUGAAAGGGAGAAAUUUUUUCGUAAAGAGUGGAUUUUCCAUUAGAUUAACAAGGAUUUGUCGUGACAUGAUCAUAAUAUAUUUUAGAUUUUAGUAUUGUUCCUUGCAGAGAUUGAUCUGUUGCCAGAAAACAAUUCAUAACUUCAUAAUUAUAUAUUUGUAUAAAUGUAAGAACAGCAUUGGUUUUAAACCGCUGACUGAGAGACAACGAUUUCUGUUCC